CAGGAUCACUGAGCUGCUGAGCGGAGAGGUUCCUAUAAGGUGUCAGGAUGUCGCUGUCUAUUUCUCCAUGGAGGAGUGGGAGUAUUUAGAAGAACACAAGGAUCUGUACAAGGACGUCAUGAUGGAGAAUCACCAGUCCCUCACAUCACCGGGUAAAGAUGGGAUGAAUGACUCCAAUGAACAUCUCCAUUUAUCUAAUGAAGCAGAAGAUAACAAUGCCACACAAGAUAAUUCAAUAACUCCUAAUGUACCUUCAGUCCUUCACAGUGAAGAUCUAUCCACCGAUACUGCUGGGCACAAGAUGCUUUCAGCUAAUCAAUCACUCAUUGUCGAAACAAGAACUGGACAUAGAUGGGAGGAAAUAUUUUCACAUGGGAAAGAUUUUAAAAAGAAAUGUGAUCUUUAUUUAUAUGAGAAAAUUCACAAAGAUAAAAAGCCAUAUUCAUGCUCAGAAUGUGGGAAAUGUUUUAGUCAAAUAUCAGAUCUUGAUAUACAUCAGAUAACUCACACAGAGGAGAAGCCAUUUCCGUGUUCAAAAUCUGGGGAAUAUUUUAGUUGGAAAUCAUCUCUUGUGGAACAUCUAAGAAUUGACACAGAAGAGAAGCCAUUUUCGUGUUCAGAAUGUGGAAUAUAUUUUACCCAGGAAUCAGCUCUUCUUUAUCAUUAUCAGAGAACUCACCAACAAGAGAAGCCAUUUUCAUGUUCAGAUUGUGGGAAAUGUUUUAGCCAAAAAGCGUAUCUUGAGAGACAUCAUAGAACUCACACUGGAGAGAAGCCAUUUCCAUGUCCUGAAUGUGGGAAGUGUUUUAGUCAGAAGACAUCUAUUGUGGAACAUCUAAGAAUUCACACAGGAGAGAAGCCAUUUUCCUGCCCAGAAUGUGGAGCCUGUUUUGCCCAUAAAUCAACUCUUAUUCGCCAUCAGAUAACUCACAACAUAGAAAAGCCAUUUUCAUGUUUAGAAUGUGGGAAAUGUUUUACCCAAAAGUCAGAUCUUGAUAGACAUCAGAGAACUCACACAGGAGAGAAGCCAUAUUCAUGUUCAGAAUGUGGGAAACAUUUUAGUCGGAAAUCAUAUCUUGUGCAACAUCUAAGAAUUCACACAGGAGAGAAGCCGUUUUCAUGCUCAGAUUGUGGAAUAUGUUUUGCCCAUCAUUCAACUCUUCUUCAUCAUCAGAGAACUCACAAAAAAGAGAAGCCAUUUUCAUGUUCAGAAUGUGGAAAAUGUUUUAGCCAGAAAUCUGAUCUUGAUAGACAUCAGAAAACUCACACAGGAGAAAAACCAUUUCCAUGUUCCGAAUGUGGGAAAUGUUUAAGUCGGAAAUCAUUUCUAGUGGAACAUCUAAGAAUUCACACAGAGGAGAAGCCAUUUUCAUGCUCAGAAUGUGGAGCUUGUUUUACCCAUAAAACAUCUCUUCUUAAUCAUCAGAGAACUCACACAGGGGAGAAGCCAUUUUCAUGCUCGGAAUAUGGGAAAUCUUUUAGCCAGAAAUGAGAACUUGUUAAGCAUCAGAGGGCUCACACAGGGGAGAAACCAUUGUGAUGUUCAGAUUAUAGGGACUGUGGCAGGUGUGGAGCUUCAUUGUAGGACCUGCUGCCUAACAAUGCAUUCUGAUGUCUGCAUGACAUCAUACUACAUGAACCUUAUAACAAAGAAUACAAGUCAUACGUCCCCAACCAUUAACGUAUCUGUACCCGCCACAUCUUACUUCUAAAGGACCCUUGAUGAUGUCACAGUCAGUUGAUUAGUCACAAAUAUGAAUCAAUAGUAGAUAUUUUGUUUUGAUCAUAGUAGGUAUAGUAUCUUUGAUGAAGUCACUAGCAUGUAAUCAGUCACAUACAUGGGUUAUUGGUAGAUGUUUUUAAUAGCAGUGGAUAUAGAACCUUUAACCUUUUUA